CACAUCGAACAACGAAAUGAGUAAAGUUCUAUUACGGAUUUGUGCGGCACUUUUCCUGCUGGGAGUUUCUGUGGUGGCCGCUCAACCAGAUGGCAGGAUAGUUGGUGGUGCCGAUACUACUAGUGUGCAUACCAAAUAUGUGGUGCAGCUGCGCAGGCGCAGUUCUUCGACGAGUGCCUAUGCCCAAACCUGUGGUGGCUGCAUCCUGGAUAACGUAACCAUAGCCACCGCCGCUCAUUGCGUCUACAAUCGCGAGGCGGAGAACUUCCUGGUGGUGGCAGGAGACGAUAGCCUGGGUGGCAUGAAUGGUGUGGUGGUGCGGGUGGCGAAAUUGAUCCCUCACGAGCUGUACAACGCCUCAACCACGGAUAAUGAUAUUGCCUUGGUGAUUGUUGAUCCUGCUCUGCCUUUGGAGACCUUUAGUACAAUGGAAGCCAUUGAAAUCGCCUCGGAGAAGCCCUCGGUGGGUGCCCAGGCCACCGUCAGUGGUUGGGGUUACACCAAGGAGGCUGGCCUCUCCUCCCAACAGCUGCAGCAAGUCAAAGUUCCCGUUGUGGAUUCCGCCAAGUGCCAGGAGGCCUACUACUGGCGACCCAUCAGUGAUGGAAUGCUGUGCGCCGGCUUGGAGGAAGGCGGCAAGGAUGCCUGCCAGGGAGACUCCGGAGGACCUCUGGUUGUGGCCAACAAACUGGCCGGCAUCGUUUCCUGGGGCGAAGGAUGUGCUCGUCCCAACUAUCCCGGUGUCUAUGCCAAUGUGGCUUACUUCAAGGACUGGAUAGCCCAGCAGCGAGCAUCUAAUGCAAAAUUUUAUAAUAUUUUCUCGAUUCUGCGUGGCUUUGCAAACAUGUCGCGUUCUUGGUUGCUCUGCCUUUCGGCCCUUCUCUUUGGCCUGGUGGCCUUGACGCAAGGUCUUCCGCUUCAGGAGGAUCUGAAGGAUCAGGAUCAGGAUCAGAAGGUUCCCGGCGGCCGCAUUGUGGGUGGCUAUGUGACCGACAUCGCCCAGGUGCCCUACCAAAUUUCCCUGCGCUACAAGGGCAUCACCACGCCGGAGAACGCCUUUCGUCAUCGCUGCGGUGGCUCGAUUCUCAGCGCCACUGAAGUUCUAACAGCGGCGCACUGCAUCAUUGGAACGGUGGCCAGCCAGUUCAAGGUGAUUGCCGGUUCCAAUUACCAAACGGGUUCGGAUGGCGCCAUUACCAACGUCAAGGCCAUCCACAUGCACCAGGAUUACUUCUCGGGAGCGGCCUACAACAAUGAUAUCGCCCUUCUGGUCGUGGAUCCCCCGCUGCCCCUGAACAACUUCACCAUCAAGGCCAUCAAGUUGGCCUCGGAACAGCCGCUAGAGGGCGCUGUUAGCAAGAUUAGCGGCUGGGGAACCACUUCACCCGGCGGCUACUCCUCGAAUCUUCUGCUCGCCGUCGAUGUGCCGAUUGUGAGCCAUGAACUGUGUAAUCUGGAUUACGAGAACUUUGGCGAUGAGACCUAUUGGAUCACCCCGGCCAUGUUGUGCGCCGGCAAGCGAGGAGUGGGUGGUGCCGAUGCCUGCCAGGGAGAUUCGGGUGGUCCUCUGGUGGUGCGCGAUGAGCUCCACGGCGUCGUCUCGUGGGGCAACAGCUGCGCCCUGGCCACUCAUCCCGGCGUCUAUGCCAAUGUGGCCUAUCUGAGGGAGUGGAUCGAUGCCAUUCGGGCAGAGCUGCCCGUGCAAAUCGUUUGGAAAAAGAUCUCAGCCAUGUGCAUCCCGCUGCUGCUGCUGGCCAUUGGUUGCUCCUCCAUUUUAUCCAUCUCGGCCCAACCGCAGGGCAGGAUAAUCAAUGGCACCACCGUGGAUAUAGCCCGUCAUCCGUAUCUAGUCUCCCUUCGCUAUCGCCGGAAUGAGACGGAGAGCUACAAGCACGAGUGUGCCGGAGUCAUCAUCUCGGAGCAGGCGUUGCUCACCAGUGCCCAGUGCUUGGAUGGAUUACCAGAGGGCACAAAGCUCUUGGCAGUGGCUGGGGCAAAUACCCGCAAUGGAACCGAUGGAUUCAUCUACCCCGUCGCCAAUUGGACCCAUCAUCCGAACUACGAUCCCAUCACAGUUGACAAUGAUAUCGGGGUCCUCCUGCUGGACACUCCCCUGAACCUCACGCACUUUGGCAUCAGCUCGAUUGGCAUCCGUUCGGAGCGACCGGCAGUGGGUCGCCUGGCCACCGUUGCCGGUUGGGGUUAUCGGGAGGAGUGGGGUCCCUCGAGCUACAACCUGGAGCAGACUGAGGUGCCAGUGGUCAGCGCGGAGGAGUGCACCCAAAUCUACGGAGCGGGUGAGGUCACCGAACGGAUGAUCUGUGCGGGUUUCGUGACCCAGGGAGGCAGUGAUGCCUGCCAGGGAGACACCGGUGGACCGCUGGUCAUCGAUGGCCAACUGGUGGGUCUGGUGUCCUGGGGACGCGGUUGCGCCCGACCCAACUACCCCACCGUCUAUUGCUACGUGGCCAGCUUUGCGGAUUGGAUCGAGGAGACCGUAGCAGCUCUGGGAGCGCAAUAAACAUUGGCAAUCGAUACGCUAUCUUCAAGUGGCUACCGCCCGGAUAGAGUUACCACCUAAUUCAAUAAUAAAAAACCGUAAUCAAACAAA